AUGGCGUCUACUUCUACUUUGUCCGUUCAUAAGAGCUUCAAGUACGACGUGUUUAUAAGUUUUAGAGGUGAAGACACUCGCAAAGGCUUUGUUGGUCAUCUUUAUGAUGCCCUGCAGCGCCAAAGCAUUAUCACUUACAAAGAUGAUGAAAGAAUCACCAAAGGGAAAAGAAUCAGUGAUGAACUCAUUGGAUCUAUUAAAGACUCGAGAUUCUACAUUAUUGUUUUCUCCAAAGAGUAUGCUUGUUCAUCAUGGUGCCUAGACGAGCUUGUGAAAAUUAUGGAGUGUCAGAAGACUGGAGAUCAGAGAGCUUACCCAGUCUUCUUUGAUGUUGAACCCACCGAAAUUCGGAAUCAAUCAGGGUUAGUUGAAAAAGCAUUCUUUAAACAUGAAAAAGAUGAGGCUGCUGGCAAAUGGAGGGAGGCUUUAAAAGAAGCAGCUGAUUUGGCUGGCUGGGAGUUGAAAAACACUUUUGAUUGGAAUGAAGCUAAAUUGAUUAAAAAAGUUGUUCGGGAGAUUUCAUUAGAGUUACGUUUCAUUGAUUCGAGUGUUGAUGAAAAAUUAAUAGGCAUGGAGAGUCGGGUAAAGGGUGUUCUAUCAACUUAUUUGCAAAAUGGUUCUGAAGAUGUUCGCAUGAUAGGGAUCAAGGGGAUGGGAGGGGGCGGGAAGACAACCUUGGCCAGAGCUAUUGUUGAUCAUAUAUCGAGUUGGUUUGAAGGUAAAAGCUUUGUUGCGAACGUAAGGGAUGUUUCAAAAGCUUCUUUAUCUGGUUUGAAGGAAUUGCAAGAACAAAUCCUCUCAGAUGUCUUAAAUGUUUCAGGGAUUAAAAUAAGUAAUGUUCAUGAUGGGAAACAAAUGAUGAAAAAGAGAUUGCGUGGUCGGAAAGUUCUUGUUGUUCUUGAUGAUGUAGAUAACAUAGAACAGCUUGAGGCGUUAGCUGGUGUGCCUGAUUGGUUUGGGGCGGGAAGUAGAAUCAUCAUCACAACUAGAGACGAGCAAGUGUUGGUUGCACACCGAGUGAAAUUGAUUCAUAAUGUCAAUCUGUUAUCAGAUGAGGAAGCUAUUUGCCUCUUUAGUAGGUACACUUUUGGAAAAGAGAUUCCCAUUAAAGGCUAUGAAGAGCAUUCAGUUAAUGUUGUACGUUAUGCAGCUGGUCUUCCUUUAACCAUAAAAGUCUUGGGCUCAUUUCUUUGUGGUAAAACAGAUCCUGAAUGGAUAGAUGCCUUGGAAAGACUAAAAACAAUCCCAUUGAAGGAUACUCUCGAAAAGCUGGAAUUAAGCUAUAUUGGUCUAGAGGCGGAUUACAGAGAAAUAUUCCUGGAUGUAGCAUGCAUGUUGAAAGGGUGGGAAACAGAAAAAGCAGUUGAAGCGCUUGAAAGUUGUGGAUUUCAUGCUAGAAUCGGCUUGAGAGUUCUCGAGCAAAAAUCUCUCAUUACUACUACUACUACUAAAUAUGGGUCGUCAUACUUGGGGAUGCAUGAUCAUAUUGAAGAAAUGGGCAAAGAUAUUGUUCGCCGUUUGCACCCGAAUAUGCCUAGGAUGCAUAGCCGAUUGUGGAUAUCGGAGGAAAUUAAAGAUAUAUUGACUAAUGACUCGGGUAAUGACGAAAUACAAUGUAUUCAUUGGAAUUGGAUUAGCAAUGAGACCUAUAUGAAAGGUCUUGGCAACAUGAAGAAACUUAGAGUUCUUGACAUAUUUGGAGAAGGACUUGCAAUUCAGUGUUUUCCAAAUGCUUUGCGGUAUCUUCAAUGGGGUUGUUACCCUUUUGAGUGUUUAAAAAAAUCAUUUCAAGCAGAUAAUCUUGUUGGACUUUCAAUGCCUCAUAGUAGAAUCAUGCAAUUAUGGAAACCAGGGGAAAGAAAGGUUCUUCAUAAGCUCAGAUUCCUUGACAUGAGGCAUUCGGGUUUGAGAACCCUCGAACUUGAGAUGACUCCGAAUAUUGAAAUAUUAAAUCUUAGAGGUUGUAGUCAUUUAGUAGAACUUAAGAUGCCCUUGGGAUAUUCAAAGCUCAAAACUCUCUAUCUUGAAUUUUCGGGGUUGAGGACCCUUAACCUUGCACCGAAUCCGAAUCUCGAGACUUUGGAUCUUCGAGGAUGCAAGGAUUUAGCAGAAAUUACCAUGCCCUACCAAUGUCGAAAUCUCAAAUUCUUGAGAGCUAAUUCCUCAAAGUUGAUGACCAUUGACCUUCAGCUAAUUUCCAAUCUUGUAUAUUGUCAUGAUUUGGUAGAGUUUCACAUGCCCAAUGAUUGUCCGAUCUUCAAAGCCCUAUACCUCAUCAGUUCCAAGUUGGGAAGCCUUAAACUUAUAUCGAUUCCAAAACGUGAGAAUUUAGAUCUUUAUGGAUGUCAUGGUUUAGUAGAACUUAACAUGCCAUCCCAAUGCCCAAAACUCAAAUCCCUCUACCUUCAUUCCUUAAAGUUGAGGACCCUGGACCUUCGCUUGACUUUGGAUCUCAAGAUUUUAAGUGUUAAAGAAUGUCAUGACUUGAAAGAACUUCACAUGCCCAAUGCGGCUCCAAAUCUCAAAUCCCUUAUACUCGAGAAUUCAAACUUAAGAAAAAUUAACCUUGGGCUGACACCAGAUCUUGAGAUGUUAAGGCUUGAAGGAUGUCAUGAUCUAUCCGAAUUUCACUUCCCCUACCAAUUUCCAAAGCUUAAAUCCUUUAGCCUUAACGGCUCAAAGUUGAGAACCCUUGACUUUAGGAUGAGUUCGGAUCUCGAGACUUUAAGUGUUGAAGAAUGUCACGAAUUGGUAGAACUUCACAUUCCCAAUGAGUGUCCAAAGCUAAAAUAUCUUAACCUCAAAAAUUUAGCAUUGAAGAAACUUAACAUAGGGUCAACUCCGGAUCUUGAGAUGUUAAAUCUUAAAAGAUGUCACGAUUUGGUUGACCUUCACAUGCCCUUCCGAUGUCCAAAGCUCAAAGUCUUUAGCCUUGAGUGCUCAAAGUUGAAGACCCUUUACGAUGUACAUACUCCGGAUCUUGAGACGUUUGGUCUUGAAGAGUGUUCGCAAUUGUUAAAACUUCACAUGCCUAAUGAAUUUCCAAAGCUCAAACCUCUCAGCCUCGGUAAUUCGCAGUUGAGGAGCCUUAACCUUGGGCAGACUCCAGAUCUCAAGAGGUUAAAUAUUAAAGAAUGCUUUACGUUGGUAGAACUUUGUGCUCCGGCUGGAUGUUUAGAAAAGCUUGACUACAUCUGUCAGUUUUACAGACAAAUUCAAUCACCUGUCGGUUCUUUACAUAUGAUCAUAGUGUCCGUAGAUACAUUGCCAAUGCACUCUAACAGUAGUUUUCAGAAGUUUCGGUUUUCAUGUUUGUAUGAAGAACCUAUAUCCUCUUCAAUUGGAAAUCUUGGAAAGUUUAUUUCAAUAGGUCUCUCCCCUUUCACCAACCUUGAGAGCUUCUCAAGCAGUAUAUGGGAUUUACAAGGUUUAAAAAAGCUUACACUUGAAGGCAGCUUUAGUGAAGUGCCAGAGGACCUUGGCAGAUUACAAUUUUUAGAGGACCUAAGUUUGUUAUCUAUAGGGAUGAAACAUCUUCCUGAUAGCAUUUGUUUCUUGUACACUCUGAAACUUCUCGAACUUAAUUCUUGCUCAUUUAUUGAGAGGUUGCCUGACCGUCUUGGCCGGUUAAAAUGUUUGGAGGAUCUUAAGCUAACAUCGUGUAUACGUUUACAAGAAAUUCCUAAGAGCAUCUGUGAUAUGAAACAUCUAAAAUGUUUGAAUCUCUCCUCCUGUUUGCAAGUUAAGAAGUUACCAAGGGAACUUAGACGUUUAGAAUGUUUAAAAGAGUUGAAUAUAAAAGAUACAGGCAUAAGUGAUCUUCCUGAUGGCAUUUUCGAGUUAGAAGGUCUGCAUAUUGUUGCGUCAAAUGGCUUCAGUUGUACAAUUGAACGUCCACAAUACAAGAGGCAAAGGACGUGA